CGCUGUCGCAGAGUAUUAUUUCCCGCCUUUCCCAUUUCAUCCCCCACUCCAUGAACGACCUCUCUCUGACACCAACCUUCCACCGCCCUUUCCCCCGCGAAUCUUUCCUGAAGCCCUAAGUUAAGUUUGCUCAAUGAAGAGAGAGAGAGAGAGGGAGUGUGACAGAGAGAGAAUCGGAAUCCAUUAUCGCUUCCGUUUUGUGCUCAUACUAUCCACCGGAUCACGUGCUAGAAGCUGAAGUUGGAGUUCGAGAUUGGUGAAUUUCGAUGCACGAGGUUGCCGGGAGAUGUCGUCGGGCUUGCACCAAUGGGAGUCGGACCCGCUCUUCUCUGCUGCCGAAGUUGUUCAGGACUCCGCCGACAGGAUGGAGUCGAUUUUCCGCCUACUUUUUCAUGAGCUGAGUCUUGUACGCGGAGAUCAUCCUGAUCCGAGGCUGCUUAAGUUGAUAGAGUAUCACAGGCGUAAUCUUGCAACCAUACUUGAGACAACAAGAUGGCAGUUGGAAGAUUUUGAAAGAGCUAUCAAUUCUUCGGCUGCGAAAAAUGAGUCCCGUAGGGAGCAUGUGAUAUUAAGGCACAGCCAGUUCAUCAGCGCGAUAAGGGCACACAUAACCAAUGUGGAGAACAGCUUACAAGAUCCUUCAUAUGGAGAAACAUUUAGGGACUCUGAGUGGGUUAGUUUAAACGAGCAAGACAGAAAUGGUUUGGCAUUAUUUCUUUCUGGGGGAAAUAGCAUUGAGCAAAGCAAAUAUAAUGGGAAAGAUGAUAGUAUUUUGUUAAGAAGGUUUCUUGAGUCUGCCACCACUGAUGGUCUACCCGACAACACUGCGGAAAUUACUGAGAGCAUUGGCAGAGAAAUGGAUAAUAGGGUUUUCAAUGGAGUUCAUGAUUUUGGAGCAAAUAACUUAAGAAAUGUGGUGUCCGAUACCCAGAUAUCUGUAAGAAGUGGCUUUGACGCACAAGAUUCUCUCCAAGAGAUCUCUUGUGAAGAUCGUGACAAAGAUGGAAGCUGGGAUAUGGAAGCUAAUGAAGGUAAAAAUAAAACCUUCUUCCAGAAGAGCCAACAAAAAGGGCUUUACAGGGGAGGAAAGGUUUUUCGGUUCCUCAAUAAUCUCAAGGCUGCAUUUGGUUAUCGGGUCAACAGAAAUUAUACAAAAAGAUUGAAAGAUGGAGAAGAGCAGAGGGAUUCACCGUCGUACAUUGAUGCUUCUUAUGCUGCGCAGUUGAGGCUCUUUACCAAUGCCAUGCCCCCACUUGGACGGCUAAGGGCGCACAUAAGUCUACACCGAACCAUUUAUUUACUACUGCUAGUGCUCUCUCUCAUCAUUGUUAUAGGUUUCCUGUUGUCACGCAGUGUUUGAGAAUUGCCCAGUCAGUUUCCACGAGAUCCUAAACCAUCUCUUGGAGUCUGCCGGGCGAUCAUAUAAAUACCAGGUCUGCCUCAUGAGCAUAAUUCCUCUUGGCCGCUCAAAAUAUUGCCUGCCUCUGCUAUUAGCUGUUGGAAGCGCUUUUAAGAGGGAAGACCCAUCUGCAAGAUCUCUCUUCCACACGGUUCGCAUAGUAAUGUUUGCAAAUAUCAUUACUUCAUUUUUCCCAUGGAUAAUCGUCCACGCUUCAAAAUUUGUUUGGGCGGGGCAUUGGAUUCAUCACGUGUAAAUCCCGAUUCCCGGGGCAGCUCAUAUGCUAUCUAUCACUGUAUAAUAACAUGAUGAGAUUACACAUUAUUGUACUGGGGCAGCUUAAUUGGUUGACAAUCAA